AUUCCAGACGUCUCAGCACUUUCGCUGCCCAGAGAUAAUACUGCGAGCAGACGUUUGCGUCAGUGUCAGAUAGGUCUCAAUGCCACCCUGCCCCAGGGGGAGCACAGUGGGCAGACGGGCUGGGCAGGCAGGCAGGAGCCCGCGGCAGAGCCCCCCGAGCCACCGGCCUGCUGUGCACCCCACGGUCAUGCUGCUCCUCCUGCACCUGCUGCCUGCCAUGCUGCCCACUGCCGCCCUGGCCAGCUGCACUGGGGCUGGUGUUGAUCGGCAGCUCAUCCUGGCCAAGGUGCGGGCUCAGGUGCUGGAGCAUCUGAGCCCCCCGGUUCUCCAGGAGGAGCCCCAGAAGGAAGCAAGGAGAGUGCACCGGAGAGAUAUCCUUGAAAACACUGAAGUUGAGCCGGAGGAGCUGGAGGACACCUCCCAGGUUAUCCUUUUCCCUUCCACAGAUGUGCCCUGCGAGCCCUCACAGCCAGACAAGCUGCUGGAGGAAGAAGGCAUUUUCACCUACCUCUUCCAGCCCUCAGCACACACCCUGAGCCGUGCAAUGACCUCUGCCCAGCUCUGGUUUUACACUGGCCCCUCGGCGGCUCCGAACCACUCAGCCCCCAAUGUUCUGACCCUGUCACCACACGGCCGUGUGCCACUGGCGGCCAUGGUGGUGCAGACACCUGAGCACUGGACUGUGUUCCACUUUGCCCCAGCACUGCUGACCCAGCUCUCGCAGCCACUCUUUGUGAUCCUGGUGCGCUGCCCCGGCUGCCCCUGCCUGGCCGAGGAGGACAAGAUGCCCUUCUUGGUGGCCACCACCCGUGCCAAGGGCAGCGAGAGGGCUCGUCGCUCCGCCGUGCCCUGGUCCCCAGCUGCCCUGAGCCUGCUGCAGCGCCCAUCCGAGGACCUGGCCGCCCAUACCAACUGCCGCCGGGCUUCCCUCAACAUCUCCUUCGAGGAGCUGGGCUGGGACAAUUGGAUUGUGCACCCCAGCAGCUUUGUUUUCCACUACUGCCAUGGGAGCUGUGCUGCAGGCCAUGGGCUGAGCCACCGCCUGGGUGUGCAGCUCUGCUGCGCUGCCCUGCCCGGCACCAUGCGCUCCCUGCGUGUCCGCACCACCUCUGACGGCGGGUACUCCUUCAAGUACGAGACGGUGCCCAACAUCCUGGCCCAGGACUGCACCUGCGUCUAGGGCAUCCCGCAGCCCAGCCCCAGACUGAGAUACUGCCUGGGAGGAGUCAAGUGCUCAGGGGAACCCUGCCUCAUGCCACAGGGACCAGGGGGUUUGGGCUGUGCCACCCUCCCCUGCACAAGCCCCAGCAGUUUUGGGCUGCCCUGGGUAUUGUUGGGCUGCCAGACCUGCCCCAGGGCUGGUCCCAAACUGGGGCAAGCUAAGGCAUGGUGGGGCAGGGACAGGCACAGCCUCUGUCAGAAGCCACCAUGCUGUCUGCAACCAGCUCAAACUCUAUUUCUCCCCACCUUUUCUCCUCAUCCAACUGCCCCCCCCACCCCAGGCUGUGGUCCCACUCCUCCUGCAGAGUGCCUACCCGUGCUCCCAGGCAGGGCCAGGCUGCUGCAGCACGGUUUGGGAUGUGUCUGGGUGAGCCCAUGCCACAGCCUUGAACUCGUAGCAGGGCUGGUGGCACAUGCAGCACUACAAGCAAGCCCUCUUCCUGGCAGCAGCGCCUGUUGGAAAGCUUAACAGAAUCAAUUAAAUAAACCUGUUCCCUUUAUCAAAA